AUGACCUUCAAACGCGCCGAAGUCCUCCUUGGGAAUGGGACAUAUUACCACUGGGAGUAUAACAUGCGCAUGACAGUGGCACGCAAGGAUCUACUGGGCAUGUUGAGGUGUGGUGUGGAGAUACAGCAACAGACCAACAUUUGGUCUGUGACGAGUGCGAUGCAUGCGUGGGGUGUGCUACAAGACUUCUAUAACCGUUCCACGCUCCGUAACCGUGUCACGAUAACACGUCGUCUCCAUGCAUUUAUAAAGGAGAGUGGUGAUACUCGAAAGAUUCGAAGCGGAUAUUCUGAAUCGUACCACAGUUGGAAGGCAGUCAUCAAGGGGUCGGACGUACCUACCACCGAAUACGGGGGUACUGCCAUUGAAUGGGUCUAUUUUGAAGUGUUCAAUGAUAUGUGGGUACUUGUGUGGAUUGUGAGACUGGGAAAUUAG